GGCCACUAGCAGUGUCUAUUAUGCUUAUCCUGUUAUUAUAUUUUAUCCUUUAUUCUGAGUUACUUUUUAUCUCAUGUGACUUUUAUUUUGACAUCAUGCUAUCUGCACGGUGAACCAAUCCUUCCAGAACGUGCACGCUCGCUGAAGGUAUAACACAAGAAGGCACGUUACAAGACAAUGCAUGUCUAGAGUCAGAGAUCUCAAAAUAGUAUUAUAACUUUAAAUUAACGUGUUCUCUAAAGCGUUCCUUGAAGUGUUAUAUUACGUUGCAGCAUUCCUGGUCAAACCCGUUUGAAUGAGUGCUCUAUUUGCUUGGCAGUAGCAGUUUAAAAAAUAACGUAUGAAGUUGCUAGCUAGCUCUCCAACGUUAAGUUAAUGGCGGCAGUCUUCCCUGGAUCACCACUCUUUAGCACCCCUCGAUAUGCGGAGCGAGUUUUCACGGUGUUUGUGCAAUGCACACUCGUCUGAAUAAAGUACACCCGUAAGGAAACACUCCAAGCCUGUUUAUUCAAGUUGAGGGGCCGCUACAGUGAAAACUCGACUGCUCGACGUGGAGUGAAACUCAACUCGACGUGAGAAGGACCUGCCAUCCGCCAUUCUAAGACUGCUAUCUACUGUUCCAACGCCCUCACUUCAAACGGAAUCCAGGCAAGACCGGUCCAUUUCGUUUAUGUUGAUUGCUGCAUAAAAUCACAGGGACUUUUCGAUUGUGAACAGUGAUAUUUAUGUAGGUCUAAUGGACUGAAAUCACCUUUAUAAACAAUAUACUGUAGCCUACAUGGUUGAUGCUCUGAUUUAAUCAUAGGCAUAUAUGAAAGGUGAAUUUAAAGAUACAGAAGGGUAAAUUAAUUUAACAAAAAAAAAAUUGAACAAACUGAACCUGUUAAAUGUAAAUUCAUUCAUGGGUAAAUCUGUAUGUUAGCAGUCAUUGCUAAGCUGUUUGUGUGUUAGCCUACAUUUUGUUGAUGCUACUCGUCCAGUGCAUGUUUGAUAUUAAGUAUUUGCAGAGAAGUAUUGAGCUAUAUUUCAGUCAUUAAACUAUAGUUCACUACUUCAAUAUAACCAAACAGCUACACAACUUUAACAAAAUGUCACUUGAUAGGGAAGAAGUAACUAACACACAUGACCCACCCAUGACCGAUAACCCACAGCCAGUCAGAUCUAGUUCACGUGAAAGAGCAUUUACAGAAAAGGGAUUAGAGAUGCACAAACAGGAAGCCAUUAAACAUAAGAGAGAAUUCAUGAGAGCUUAUGGCUCCUGGAAAGAGGUGGCAGGAAAGGUUAGGACAACGCUAAAAUCAUUCUGUUCUCAAGAUGAACUAAAUAAAAUCAGAGAAGAAAUCCAAAUGCGACACAAUGCAGUAAGUGAAUGUUAUGAGCCCAUUCAACGCAACCACAAUGCCACUCCAGACAUUGUACCAAAAAUAGAUGCUUGUAUAGCACUCACUGCAGAGAUCAGCGAAAUAAUAGAGAAGCGGCUAGAAACUGUUGAAGAGGUCUUCAAUCCAGAACUUGAGAAAGUACGAAUGAGGAUGGCACUUAAGAAGGAUGAGUAUGGAUCUAUCUUCGGACACACAGAGACAGAUACUGUACACUCUCUAGCAGAAAAUUCAAUCCACUCACAGGCCUCAAGCCAACAUGUAGAUGCAGAAGCAGAACUUGCAGCUCAACAGGAAAAGGUUAAAGCAGUGUAUGUAAUACAAGCUCAAGAAGAAGUUCUUAGCAAGUUAGAAGAAGAGAAGCAGCUAGUUCUUAAAAGGUUGGAAGAAGAAAAACAAGUAGCUCUUAAAAAGAUAGAGGCAAACAUGCGUCAGGAAAAGAAAAGACUACAGCAAAUUCAAGCACAGUCAGAAGUAAGAAUAGCAGAGGCGAGAGUAAACGCAUACGAGAGCCUUGAACAUGACUCCAGAAACUGGCUAAAAGAGACUGUUGAUCUCACAGUUGAAUACAAAGGCCAGCUUAAUCCAAAGGCCAACGCAUACCAGCCUCCACAAGCACACGCCAAUGCGCUAGCGCCUCCUGAGAAAGACCUUACCCAAGCACUCAUUAACUCACUCAGUAUGAAUCGCCUGCCUGCUCCUGAGCCACCAAAGUUCUCCGGUGAAGCCCUAAAGUAUGUAGACUGGAAGAUGUCCUUCAUGGCCCUCAUAGACCGCAAGCCUCUCCCAGCUCAUGAAAAAAUGUUCUAUUUAAAAAACUAUCUGAGUGGAGAAGCACUUAAAGCUGUAGAGGGAUUCUUCUAUAGAAACUCAGAAGAAGCAUAUCAGGGUGCCUUAAAAGUCCUGGAAGAAAGGUACGGAAACCACUUCAUUGUGCAAAAGGCCUUUAGAGACAAGCUCAUGAAAUGGCCCAAGGUUGGUAACAGUGAUCCUGCUGCACUUCGAGAGUUUUCUGAUUUCCUGCAGGCAUGCGUUGAAGCGAUGCCUCAUGUGAAAGGAUUGGCCAUCUUGGACGAUUGUGAAGAGAACCACAAGCUGCUGAAGAAAUUACCAGACUGGAUCACACGAAGAUGGAGCAGAGUCGUCACAGAAAGGUUGGACGAAUCUGGGGACUACCCGAGCUUUUCCUGUUUCACAAGGUUCAUCCAAAAGGAGGCCCGGAUAGCCUGUAACCCUGUCGCCUCUCCACUUCUGAUCAAGGACACAGAUGACAGGCAGCCCAAGAGAGCUAGAGCACUUCACACAAACACUAAAGGGAACAAUCCCUGGGAGAAGGUCGAGAAAGUGUUCAGCACCAAGUCAAGGCCACCUUGUCCUAUCUGUAAAGAAGAGACGCACGGCGUCGUAAAGUGUCCUACCUUUGCAGCUAAAUCUCUGGAAGAUAAGAAGGCCUUCAUACGGGAAAACAAUUUGUGCUACGGAUGUUUGAGAAAAGGACAUAACAGUAAAGAUUGCAAAACACGACACACUUGUGGCACAUGCAGCAGACGUCACCCCACCUGCCUACAUGAAGAGAGAGAGAAACGAUAUGUGGAAGCAAAAGAGAAACAGUCCACUUCUACAGACAAAGGCCAGGAGGAGAUCAAGGUGACGUCCCAUGCAGUGACGCAGCGUGUCUUUGCUACAUCAAGCAUCGUCCCUGUUUUCAUGUCAUCUGCAAAUGAACCACAGAAAGAAGUUAUAACGUACGCUCUUCUGGAUACGCAGAGUGAUUCGACAUUCGUCUUGGAAGACCUACUCGAAGAGCUGAAUGUGGAGACUAAACCAGUACAGCUCAAACUGAGCACCAUGACAGCUGUUGACACACCCAUAGCAAGUAGAAGUGUCUACGGUCUACAAGUUCGAGGACUACAGUCUGAAAAACAGAUUCAGCUACGCCAAGCUUACACUCGUGGCUUCAUCCCGGUCGAUAAGUCCUACAUUCCGACUUCCAAAACAGCGCUGCUUUGGCCUCAUCUAAAGCAUCUAGCAAACAAACUUCCGCUGCUGAAGGACUGUGAGGUGGGACUGUUAAUUGGAAAUGAUUGCCCGUUCGCGUUAGCCCCCCUGGAAGUCAUCACAGGAGGCGAAAAUGAUCCAUUCGCCCAGAGAACGGAACUCGGCUGGAGCAUCGUAGGCUCAUCCAAUCCACAUCUGGAUCGGCAGGGAAACCAGAGGUUCGUCCAUCGAGUGACGGUGAAGGAAAUACCAGCGCCAUCAACCACUGACGUGCUGAAGGCCUUGGAAUCAGACUUCAAUGAAAGGAAGUAUGCAGACAAAGACAAGUAUGUGUCACAAGAUGACAUUCACUUCAUUCAGUUCCUGAGUGACAACAUAACUCAAAGGAAAGAUGGACACUAUGAAAUGCCCCUCCCUUUCAAGAGCACAGAGCCUCCUCUGCUACCAGAUAAUAAGAAGCUGGCUACAGUUCGACUGCAGCACCUAAAGAAAAGACUGAAAAUUAACCAGCGGUAUAAAGAACAGUACAAGGCCUUCAUGGCAGAUAUGAUAAAGAAAGGCGACGCAGAGCCAGCCUCUCCUGCAACAGGACAGCAGACUACGUGGUACAUACCACACCAUGGGGUGUUCCACCCCAAGAAGCCAGAGAAGCUAAGGGUCGUCUUCGACUGUUCAGCAAAGUUCCGUGGUGUCUCACUAAAUGAUACACUGUUAACAGGUCCUGACCUGAUCAACUCUCUCCUUGGAGUGCUCUGUCGUUUCAGGAAAGAGGCUGUAGCCAUCAUAUGCGACAUCGAGAAAAUGUUCCACCAGUUUUACGUUUCUCCUGAACUACGGAACUACUUACGGUUUCUCUGGUGGGAGGAUGGAGACCUCGAAGCAGAGCCUCAAGAGUAUCAAAUGGCUGUCCACCUAUUUGGCGCCGCUUCGUCACCUGGAUGUGCCAACUUCGGUUUGAAGUACUUGGCACGCCAACACAAGGAAGAGUACCCAUCAGCAUCAGCCUUUGUUGAAAAGAACUUCUACGUCGAUGAUGGGCUCAUCAGCGUCCCCUCCGUAGAGGAAGCAAAGAAGUUGAUCGCUGAAGCACGAGAGUUGUGCAAGAGAGGAGGCCUACGUCUACACAAGUUCAACUCAAAUGAAAGGUCAGUCCUGGACUCUGUGGACCCAACUGAGAGAGCAGUCACAUCUGAACCACUCAAUCUGGACCUAACUGCAGCUCCAGCAGAACGUGCUCUCGGUAUCCAGUGGUCCCUUGAACAUGACACUUUCAGCUUCAAUGUGAACCCACAGACCAGGCCCUCCACACGUCGCGGCAUCCUAUCCGUCAUUGCUUCUUUGUACGAUCCAGUUGGAUUCGUGGCUCCGUUUAUCCUAACCGGAAAGUGCAUCCUCCAGGAGCUGUGCCGUCGAGGCAUUGAAUGGGAUGACCCACUUCCCGAAGACUUAAGUCCACGGUGGGAGAGAUGGAAGAGCGACCUACAAAGGCUGAAGGAAGUCUCAAUACCGAGAUGCUACCAACCACAAAGGAGAGUGAUGGACUAGUGCGUCGCGUCAAAGUGUUAGUAGGAGAAAGAACGUCAGUGAAACAAGAUCGGCCUACCAAACCUUUGAUUAUAGAAAGGCCCAUUCAGAAACUAGUUCUCCUCCUCGAGAGUGAGUGAUCAGUCCAGUUGUCUACACCUUAUCCCUCUUAUGACAGGCUACCCUCUCUUAGUUACUAAUUAGUACUCACCUGCACAUAUCUAGAACACUGAUACAGAUAUAGGACUCAAGUAUGAGCCGUUCAGCCAGGUUGAUCCUUGUCUUCACUUUUCAUAACAUGAGUGGUGGGAGUGUAGAUGGCCACUAGCAGUGUCUAUUAUGCUUAUCCUGUUAUUAUAUUUUAUCCUUUAUUCUGAGUUACUUUUUAUCUCAUGUGACUUUUAUUUUGACAUCAUGCUAUCUGCACGGUGAACCAAUCCUUCCAGAACGUGCACGCUCGCUGAAGGUAUAACACAAGAAGGCACGUUACAAGACAAUGCAUGUCUAGAGUCAGAGAUCUCAAAAUAGUAUUAUAACUUUAAAUUAACGUGUUCUCUAAAGCGUUCCUUGAAGUGUUAUAUUACGUUGCAGCAUUCCUGGUCAAACCCGUUUGAAUGAGUGCUCUAUUUGCUUGGCAGUAGCAGUUUAAAAAAUAACGUAUGAAGUUGCUAGCUAGCUCUCCAACGUUAAGUUAAUGGCGGCAGUCUUCCCUGGAUCACCACUCUUUAGCACCCCUCGAUAUGCGGAGCGAGGUAUGUGUUUCAUUGUAAUGUACUGUCUAUUUCAUAUGUAUUCAUUUCUUACGUUUGUGUAAAUGAUGUAAUGUAAAUAGUAAUGUGAUUCAUUUCAUGAUAAUGUCGUUAUCUAUUUGAUGCUAGCUUGCUUAAGUGCAUUUGUCAAGGCAUUAUUUGUAUCUAGCUAAAUUGCCUUUGUCAUUUUCCUUUUAAGUUUUCACGGUGUUUGUGCAAUGCACACUCGUCUGAAUAAAGUACACCCGUAAGGAAACA